GAUGGUGGUAUGCAGAUGAUAGUGCAGAGAAAGAGGACGUUGGUGAGGAUGAAAAUACAGUAUUUGAUGAAGAUCCGAAGCCUGAUAUACUAAGUCGUGAGAUAAAUUUAUUUGAAUACUUCUGGGACAACGUGGGUUGUGAUGAUUCUAUGAAGAAGGUAGAAAGUGUAGAGGCAAAGACGGUUAAUAUAGUGAAUAUUGAUCGAGAUGAAGAAGGUAAAACGGAUAUGAGUGUGGAGAACUUACCCGAAAGCCUUGAUGAGGAAGAAAACAGAAAUGAUGGAGUUCAAGCAUUGGAAUAUUGUCAAAAAUCUACUGAUGAGGAAAAUGUUAGUAUUAGGGGACAUUCUGAUGAUAAGGAAGAUAAAAUUAUAAGGGACGAAAAUAAAGCACUUAUCUGUCACCAAAAUGCUGAUAUUACCAAUAAGGAUGUAAAUGAAAUACUUGAGGAAGAUUCAAAGCAUGUUGAAGGUAGAGAAUCAUUUGGUGAACCUAAAUUGGAAGACGAUUAUAAAUUAGUAUUUGACCGGGGAAAAAUGAUAGAAAGUGGUAAUCCAAUAUUCAAGGUACCUUUUGAGAUAAUCGACAUUGAAACCAUGCUGAAGGGAUCUAAUAGUGAAAAUGCCGUAGUUGGACUUAAUGAAGAUGUGGGAGAGAUUGCUCCCGAUGGUAGAGCAAAAAUUGUUAGAAUUGAACUAGGAAAUGUUAGAGAAAAACAUGAUGAAAAAAGGAAAUACAUAUACCAUCGUGAAUAUGAAUUUCGUGAUGAG